UUCACAAUUCAACGUUAAGUUAUUCUUAAGCUUCUUUUUGAGCUAAGCAAUCAGUAUGGAGAAUACUUUGGGAUUUGAGGAGGAAAGUUUGGCAGAGGAUGAAUGGCCGACCGGGGAGAGCGUCGCAUCUUUGGCGGCUUUACGGGUAUACCAGAAGCAAGGUGACUCACGAGAGCAGUUGAAUCAGCCGAAUUUAGUAGUUAAACUACAGCAAAGAAUACACACAGACAGACCGAUCAUUCCAGCAACGCUAAUGGAAAAACUGGCAUACUACAGAGCGUUUACAUCUUCGUCAAGUAAGAUAGAGAUGCUGUGCAUGCAGCAGAAUAAUGUUAAUAGGUUCACAUGGUUUUACAUAUCCAAUGCUCUCUGCAAAAGUCUUUCCAUGACAUACGUUUAUAUUUUCCUAAGCGCCUACGCACCCGAUCAUCAUUUAUUUGUGCCGAAAAUGGUGCCUAUAUUUUAUGGUUUAAACUGGAUUAACGUAAUCAGUGCUGGAUUCCUUCUGCAAACCAUGUCGUAUGACACGGCUCUUCAUUUUUACUAUGCCAUAGUUGGAGUGAUUUUCAAAGCUCCCUGGAAUAGGUGUUUUCAGAGAAUACUCCAGAUGCCAGGUGGUCUGAACUACACUUGUAUGGAAUUGGAGGAGUUCGCAGCACAAUUUGUAAACAAAACCAUCACAUUUGACGAACUUUUCUAUGUAACUCCUAAUGGGGAGUUAUUUUCUGUAGCCCAAAUAGAAUAUAUUGAUUCAAUUAACUCACAAAUGACUUACAAGGAACUCGGGUUUAACUGUUUUUUUUCCGUAAUCAAUAUUUUAAUAUGGAUCAUAGCUGCCGGCCUGUAUAACCAACUCUUCAAGGGCUACAUUUGGAAGAUACUACACUAUGCCCAGAUUGCGCUAUUUGCCUUGCUACUUUUGAUUUUCUUUCAUUUAAUCGUGUCUUAUGAGGAUAAGGAGAUUCAAUACAUAGAGGCUGGAGAGUCUGAAGCGCAUCGCAGCAUUUUAAUGUCUGGGGAUUAUGAUAUGUUGGCCGAAACAAUGACAGCACCACCCGUAGCUCACAUCCUGAGCGCUAGAACAACGUCAGAGAUAAAACCGAGCCUGAACAGUGCCGUGAUUGUGAUAUCAAACGGAGUUUACUACAUUUUCAAAGCUUUGACUUCGUUUUUAAUGAAAAAGCACUGCGAGAGAUGGGUCAAUGCGUCUAUUAUUCACUGGAAUUUUGGCAGCAGAUCGAUUUUCUAUUUCUGGCCGAUUUACUUCGCAACACUCAAUUAUGGCUCUGUUAUUGCAGUUAUAUUCUUUGCUCUCAACGCAAUCGUCGAUUGCUGUAUGUUUAUAAUCACUUUCCAAUGCCUCAUAGAAGUGGUGAAAUACGAAUGGAGUUGGCUUAAACCUUGGUGCCUGUCGGUCAUUAUGAUCGUCCUCGCCAUUAUUGAAAUCACUAUUCACGUGAACGUUGAUUUUUCAGCAAAUUCCUAUAUCUUUUACACUAGUCUUUCAAGUCUGGCUGAAAUUUUGAUUAUUUUUUGGAUAUACCCACGCGGACGUUUUCUAGAUGAUAUAACAUUCCACUUCGGAGUACCACCAACUAGACUUCGAAGAUGGACCUUUUGUUUUCUUCCUUGGUUUUAUUUGUGGAAGGUCUUCAUAAUGCUAAUCCUGUUCUAUACAUUUACUACUACAACCACCAGCUUUAUUUUCAAAGCACUGCACACGACGCGCUAUGCACCCACUUGCAUUAUGAUACUAUUUGCUGUUGGAGCUGUCUAUGCCUUCUAUGAUCAUGUCCUUAUAGGGAAAAGGGGGUUUAGUCAACUAUUCAAGCCUGUACCCGAAUGGGGUCCUAAGGAUUUUCGAUUAAGACAACUUAGGAAAAAAUUUGACAGCCGUCAGUACAUCGUAUCUCAAGCACCAAGAGAUCUCAGCAGAUAUCUGAUAGAAAAGUCCGGUUUGGUGUCCUAUCAACUGGACGUGGUUUACGACGCGGUCAAGCCGAGGUCGACUGUACGUGGAAAUGGAAAAGAUGCAAGGGAAAAGGAACAUUAAUUAGACUUA